GAGUCGGGUUUCCACGCUACCUGCGACCGGUCAGCGGGGGCGCCAACCGCUGGGCGCCUGCACGGACGGCGGGCGUUCGUCGCCAUGACAGCACCCGCGGGGGGCCCCGGAUAUUGGAGUGAAAAUAUACUGGAAUAUUUUCUGAGAAAUAACCAGAUUACAACAGAAGAUGGCGCUGAGAUCAUCUGGUACCAUGCAGCUAACCACAAGGCACAAAUGAAUGAGGCACUGAAAAGUACUGCUCACAUGUUAGAGGCUGAUGUCCUCCUUCCAAGUGAUGGUUCAGAAUACAGCCAGCCAAUCAUGGCCCAUCCUCCUGAAACAAACAGUGAUAACACUCUGCAGGAGUGGCUGGCUGAAGUUAUCAAAAGCAACAAAGGCAUCAAGCUGGAUUUCAAGAGUCUUGCAGCUGUAGAACCAUCCAUGAUGCUCUUGGAAAAUGUAAAGAGGCAUCUGAAGCAUCCUGUAUGGAUUAAUGCUGAUAUUCUUCCUGGUCCAAAUGGAAAUAGCAAAGUAGUAGAUGCAAAGCCAUUUAUAGACACCGUGACAUCCUUCUUUCCAGAUGUGACAUUUUCCCUGGGUU